AUGUCUACGCCGGAUAUUGGCAAGUUAGACCUCUCCGACUCUGACAAUGAAGAUCUCUUUGCUUCCCCUUCCCGCACUUCGAAAUCCACCCAGAAACUCCCCACCAAGCCAGGAGAAAGUGAUGCGCCCGCGCCCAGGAACGCAGAAUCCAAAUACGAUACAGAGCAGGCGAGGGAUUCCAAUCUGCAAAGAGAGCUGGAGAGUGUAAGAAGCAUCAAUGAAGUGAUAGAGGGCGUGGUAUCAAGUUUGGAGACAGCGAAAGGAAACAUGGAUACGGUCUCGAGGACAGUUACAUCGGCAUCUACGCUUCUCAAUACUUGGAUCCGGAUUCUGUCGCAAACAGAGCACAACCAACGAUUGAUCUUGAAUCCAAAUUGGCAAGGCGCAAGUCAAGAUGUGACAGAUAUGGAAAACGAGACGGUACUGAAAGCACAGGCAGCUGAGAGGAGGGCCGCAGAAGAAGAAAGAAGGAGAGAAGAAGCAAGACGGAGAGCCGAGGACGAGGAGAGGCAGAGGCAGGCUGGAACGACUGUGCGGGGUACGAGGGGAAGAGGUCGGGCAAGAGGGACCGCGAGGGGCAGUGUUAGUGGGACUGGAUACGUCGCUGGAGGUUCCUUGACAGGUUCGAGUCGCGGGUCGUCUCAAACUGGUCGGAUUGCGUCGGGCAUAGGAAAGGGAAUUGGGGGCACAAGAGGGAGAGGAAGGGGAGUGAGAUAA